AACAUGGGAAAUACACGGGAGACCUAUAAAGGUGCAAUCGUACCCCGAUCACAUGUGGCCCCCAGAGGCCACAUCGGGCCCCUGUCCCCUCAUGUCUGUGAAUUGUGUAAAUACUCUGCUCCUGGUUCUGUUUUGGGAACAUAGGAAAUACACGGGAGACCUAUAAAGGUGCAAUCAUACCCCGAUCACAUGCGGCCCCCCAAGGGCCACAUCGGGCCCCCGUCCCCACAUGUCUGUGAAUUGUGUAAGUACUCUGCUCCUGGUUCUGUUUUGGGAACAUGGGAAAUACAUGGGAGACCUAUAA